AUGAGGAUGCGUUUGAAACCGUUAUUUCUUUGGACCAUACUGAUUGUCGGCAUGACGGUCCUUGUGGUUGCUGAAGGAACAAAGACAAAUCGCCAUCACAUUAUCUUGAAGAAAUUGUUUAAAGACAAAAAUUUAGGUAAGUUACCUCCUGUUACUCUUUUGGCUAGUUAUUUGCCGAGAUAUCAGUAGGCAUGAAAUAAAUGUAGUUAAGCAAAGCUAAUUAACGCAAACUGAGCCUAAAUUUAGCAGAACUAUAACUGAGAAUUAGCCAAAUACCAGACUUACGUUAUAUAGACCUAUAUUUACUCACUUACUUAAAAAUCUAACCGACUGAAUAAUUACCUUUUUGGAAUGUCGUGUUCUAAUCUUAGGCCGUAAACUGUCGCUUCUAACAUUUCCCUUCUUGAAUUUGACUUAUUAUGACGAUCUGAAGUUCAAUUGGAAGCCACUGAAUGCAAAACGGUUUUUUUUAUCUACUUGUUUCGAAGAACUUUUUCAGUAGUAAGCCUCCUCGGAUAUACCCACCUGGUCAGAGUAUCUUAUAGACUGUAUUAAACCCACUUAUUUUGAUAUAAUUUCAGGGCUUUCAAGAGGAACCAGACACCGCAUCUCUGGGCUUCGAAAGGCACUAUUCAACCGGAACCCAGCCCCUUAUUACCUAUCACCUCGCUCUCCAGUAGACCCGUAUACCAGCCGGUAUGCAGCCUACGCCCCAUCUCUUCCGGCUCCUGCACCAUCAUCAUUCUACAAACCGUCGUAUCCAUCGCUGCCACUGAGUCCCACACAGUAUUCAGACGCAUCUGUUUCAUCAUAUCCAUCACAGUCCCCUUACCCCUCGACUUAUGCCUACCCUGCCCCAUCCCACUACCCCUAUCCAGCUUCCUUUCCUUCAUCAUACUACUCUCCAAUUUCAUCAUACCCUUCCCAACCAUAUGCCCCGUCAACGUCAACCACUCCCUUCUCAUCUCAAUCCCAGCAACUGUCUUACUCAUCGUCAUCAAGCCCUUACACUUACGAUCAGAGUCAGCAGACGUCGUAUACUACUCCUCUCACCUCAUCCGCUGAAGUUUCAUCCAUUAGUAACUCUGCCGCCUAUUUAAUCCCCGCAAAACCUUCUCAAACGAUCAGUGACGCUGGUAAGAAACCCAAGCCUAAACCGACACCUCCAGAUAGAGCAGAGACGUUUGAGAUCAGAGGAAGAUGUAAGCAAGUGAAUAACCUUGUUCGUUAGCAACUUUUACGUCAUUGUAAUCAUGUCUAAUGCACCUUUCAAUUAAGGUGGCCCUAAACACUUUCCAAACUCUUUUAAACUUGCCACAGGUACUAGAUUCCGGGAUCCUGGUCGGUGGAACUUGGAUUCCGGAUUCAGAUCGCAGAACUUGAAAUGCACGGUAUUUAUUUCACUUCCAAUACAAUCUUUAAGUGUGCUGCACUUUGCAUUUCAGUCUUCAAAAGCAUCGGUUGCUGGGCAGACUCUCAGCAAGACCGUGCCAUGGAAAGUCUAGAAGGAAAGUUCUCAAAGCUUAAACAACAUGAUUACAAGACCAGAGUAAAUGCCCUGAUGAAAUGCGCCGAAGCAGCAGAUGAAAACGACCUCGAGCUGUUUGCUAUACAGAACGGUGGUCAGUGUUUUGGCGGGAGAAACGACAAGAACACAUAUCGCAAACAUGGGCCUAGUUCAGAUUGUGGAGGUGAUGAUAAUUAUUCACUGAAAAUCUUUCUCUAUCCUCUAUUUGACGAUACUUAACAAGAAACAGUUAAAACGUGACAUCUCUUAAAAACUCUAAAGAAAAAGACAAAUAUAUUCUGUAUUUCGAGAAUUCAGUUCAGUGCUAAAUGUACCACUUUAUUGAAGCUAGAGCUACCUCAGAACUUGCUACAUCCAUUAAAGUUUAUCCGCAACUUGUCUUAAAUUUAGUUGAGUUCCAUGACCAGACGGCGAACUGUUAUACUUAAAUUGGACAGGUAAAACCCUUACAAUUAUCAUCACUUAAUUUUACAAUUGAAGUGUGAUGUUGGUUUUAUCAUUAAUCAUCAUCAUCAUUAUCAUCAUAUUAUUAUUAUUAGUAUUGUUAUUUAGUUAUAUUACCAUUUUGUUUUCAGGUGAUGGCGAAGGAGGGCCUUGGAGUAACGAGGUGUAUAGGUGAGGGACUAAACUGGAAUAAAUUAGAAAAAUUACAUAAAAUUUAUCUCCCCCCCUCCCCCCACCUCCCCUAACAAAGUCAUUUACAACAUUUUACAUUAAUGUCUGCCUAAUCGAAAUCAAUUUACAGCACACACUCACACAUAUUCUUCUGUUUCCUCGUUACCCUGAUGGGGCAGACAAUUAGUUAUUCAGAUCCUGUUUUGACGCUUAUUUUGAACAAAUUGUAUGUGAUCUGUAAUAGUUUUCUAGAUGAGGAUGGCCAACUACUUGUAGAACCACCAAAAGAAACUGCAAUGGACAGCAACAAUAAAUCAAGCAAUAGUUCAAAGUCUGCAGGAUGUCCGACUCCGUGCGCAAGUAGUAGCACUCCCCAGCAAGUCUCACCUCCGAUGUGUCCGAGCUCCUGCACAAAUAAUCCCCCUCAGCAACUAUCGCCCCCAGUAUGCUCAAAUCCAUGUGGUAAUAAUCAGUCAUCACCAGCCUCUGGGAAUAAUUCGUGUCCAAAUCCCUGCUCAAAUAAUCCCCCUCAGCAAGUAUCGCCCCCAGUAUGCCCAAAUCCAUGUGGUAAAAAUCAGUCCUCACCAGCCUCUGGGAAUAAUUCGUGUCCAAAUCCCUGCCCAAAUAAUCCCCCUCAGCAAGUAUCGCCCCCAUUAUGUCCAAAUCCAUGUGAUCACAAUCAAUCCUCAACAGCUUCUGGGAAUAAUUCGUGUAGCAGUCCUCAACAAAGUUGUGGUGGAGGAUGUCCGAUGCCAACUUCCGGUUGCAUUAGUAAGUCUUCUCUUUUAAAUUUUGAAUCCGAUUUUCAACAGACCAUUCCUCUCUCUUCAAGAUAAUCUAACAAUUCAUUUUUUCCUUUACUGCUGGUACAAUAAUGUAACUUAUUCAAAUGUUCAAGUGCCCUCGAAAAUGCGUCUUCAUCAUAAUACCAACCGCCUGUCGAAUACUAGCAGCUCACAGUAAGGUCCUCUCAGCAUUGUUCCACUUUUUAGAUUAACACAUUAAGAAGAAACGACAAACUGUCUGUUAGGUCGAAGUCUCUAAACCUAAUGCCACUGACAUGCAGGUCCGGCGAUUUAGAGUCCAAGACAUACCAGCGUGCCAAUGCUCAAUGCAUUGAUAAUGAUCACUACUCUUUGGCAUUAUUGUUCUAUUUACAGGCACUAAUAACAAAGUUAAUGGAACAGCUAAAGGUAAGUAAAAAAAUAGUAGACUUCUUAAUAUGCUUUGCUCUAAAACAAGGUAACAAGAAUUCGGGCUUUAUAACUAUUGCGUGUGUGUGCGAAUCUGCGAGUACUAUAACUAAUACCAGGAGCCCAUCAAAUGGAGCCUCCAUCUCCAUUAAUUUCUUGAGUCAACCCUUUCCCGAGUAGAUUUAUAAAUAGAACGACUUGUUUCCCGCGAAAAGUGUCAUAUUUUUGUAAGUCUCGUAUGUCUCGGUGAAAAAAUAAAAUUGGAUAAAGUCGAACUCAGAAGCCCGUCAUUCGACCGUUUUCCUUUUUUACUUUACGUCCAGUUUUACAAUUUUACGGCCGCUGGGCUCUGGGUAUCAUGAAAUAAAAGUUAAUGAAUUACCCGACUGAGACUGAGCAUGAAGCGAUGGGACAAAGGCAGCGAACUGAGGUUCACUGAAAGGUUAUCUUUGCGUUUCUUUUUUUUUUUUGCCGCCAUAUAUCCCACAUUUAAGCAUGCGCCUAGAAAAGAGUCGACGAUUAAGCGUUCUGUGGACGAUUGGGAACUUCUCGAUGAUCAGCGCCGUAAAAGUGCCAGGAUCAUUUGAUUUUUGCCAUCACCGUGGAGUGGAUUUCGCCAGUUAAGCGCCGCGUGCAAAAGCGAUGACCUAAGUAGCAACAAACGAGGAAUGCUUCAGUUCCGAAAUUUGAGAAAUUGCAGUCUUCCUUUACAACUGACUUGUAUCACCAUGAGAGUUGCCUGAUAAAACUGGCACUUGAAAAGUUGAACAGAAGACAACAGUUGCUCGUCCGUGAAGCUAACUCAAAAGUAAUAUAUUUGCUAACGGAGGAAUUUGUGACAUCGCGCUCCAGUCCAAAGACCCACUUAUCUCAAGAAAAACAAAAUGGAUUGUAUCUGCGCCCAAAGAAUGAUGACUGACUAACAGGAAAAUUCUCAGCAGUUAAUGUAGAAGUUUAGGCUCAAUUCCUUCCUUCGAAUUCGCAUCUGUAGAUCACUUUUUUUGCGAGAAAACAAUGGCUGGGCGCGGUGUUACAAAACAUAGCAGGGAAUCAUCACACUAGCUGACGGACAAAACAACCACAAGGACUACAAGUAUUUAUUCAGAUAAACGCAUUUCGGAAAAAAACCUUGAAAAACUAGAAAUUUGAUUAAUAUUGAGUCAUUUAGCCGAAAUAAGAACCUUAACGCUCAAAAAAAUUGGCUAAAGAAAACGAAUCCUGUCAGAACUACAGACUGCAGGUAGUAGUUAAUCAUUAUGCAUGUAACAGAGCAGCUUCAUGGCCUCUUAAUGUGAGACAAGCAACCAAAAUUAAGUUUACAUAGUCAGAGUUUAAAACUCUCCACAGUAUAAUCUACCCGCUAGAAAGAAAAAGAAGAAAAUCUCUGAGGGUUGAAAACGCUAAAGUCACGUUUCACUAGCUUAUGAUUGCGUUUGGCCUGUCAACACAGAAGUUCCUGCUGUUUGAUGAAGUACAAUAGCAGUGUCAUUUUGUCGUUGUGAUUGGCUCUUCCUACCGUCGGCGCGCGAAGUCUCCCCUGAGAACCGUUCUAAUUAUAGAUCUACUCGGGAAAGGGUUGACUCCAAGGGCUUGUAUGGGAGAUGGAGGCUCCAUUUGAUGGGCUCCUGCUAAUACCUUUUUUUUGGUUUUGUUGAUCAGGCCGUCAUACCUAUGAUGGUCGAAUGAAAUUUUCCUUCUCUCUCAACAGGGCAAUCACCUAAAGGUAACAACACCAAAUCACCCGGCGGAUGCACACCGAGUGUGAUGGAAGGAAGCCCAUGUAUGCCCCAGGGGGCACAGUCCGGGGGAUGUGGAGCUAUGGAAGUAAUGACUCCCUGUCCAUCUCCAACAGAUAUCUCUGGGGGAUGUGCCUCCCCAGGAGCAGGGGCGACAGCAGGGGGUUUAACUUGUUUGCCCCAAGAAAUGCCUGCUGGGAUCCCUGAUUGCGGCGGAGCAUCAACUGGAGGAGGGACCUCAUGUAUAACGGUCGACUCCGGUUGUGUUCAAAUUAGCUCGCAGUCUAUGGGAGGAGAACAGUGUCCUCCUUUAAACCAGGGGAUGACAGUUGGCUGUCCUGGGAUGGGAACUGAGAUAAUGCCGAUGCCGGGAACGACUUGUGUGAUCCAGGGCAAGGUUGUUGAGGGAUGCCCUAAUGUAACCACUGGUGGCGGCGUCUGUCCACCAUCCGGUGUCACUGGUACGACUUCUGGUCCCAGUCCUAAACCUGGUACGACUGGAAUCACUCCUGGCCCAAAGCCUAAGCCUGGCACAACUACCCCUGGCCCUACCCCUAAGCCCGGUAGAAAGAAACCUGGUCCAAAGCCUAAACCUACUUCAAGUGAGACAUUAUUAAUACAAUUGCUUUAACCUUAGAAUUUUUAACUUGCUUAAUUUACUUGCAGCAUCAUUGAUUAUUUGAAAUAAGGCUAUAUGUAUUAAAAAUGCAAUGAUUUGUAAUCACCCUAGGAAACAUGCAGCAAAUGUCUGUCGAAAGUGCGUUUGGCUUUACGGUCUCAUCAGUUGAAUGAAACGCUUCAGAAUGACUUUGGGUUCAGUCUUGAUAAUGUAAGAGUAAAAGCUAAGGAGCUAGUUCAAAGAUCUUUCAUCAUCAUUUAAUAACCCUCCACUUGCUCUAACAAAGAACCAAAGGACUGACAAAAUUUGUUCGCUUUAACGAGAUUUCGUUACAUCGAGGUUCUUUUUAAUAUAUUUUGCUAUUAUUGGGGUAAAGAAAAUCGUUCGUUGUAUCGAGGACUUCGUUAUAUCGAGGUUCUUUUUUAUAAAUUUAACUAUUAUUGGGGUAAAGAAAAUCGUUCUUUAUAUCGAGGUUCGUUGAAUCGAGAUUCCACUGUAGAAGGCGAUUUGCGGACGGACUGAAUAUGUAGGACUCCACUGACCAUUCCAUUAAUUAUAACUAUAUCUGAAGUGGUCACUUAACAAUUAUUCCUGGAGCGCGAAUGGGCUCUGAGUCAAUAUCUUGACUCAGAGGCCAUGAGGGCGAGAGAAAGAAUUGUUUUAGUAAAAUCCAACUAGUUGGUCAAAAAUAUCGAGACAAAACAACUUUAGCUAGCAAAACGCGACGCAAAAGCCAUUGUUUUGCUGGGGUUUUUCGCUACUAGUGGGCUAUAACAUAUAGCCUAGUAGUAGCUCAACCAAUCAGAACGCAGCAUCGAUAAUAGACCACUAGGUUGGAUUUUACUAAAAAAAGAUAUACAUAGCCCCUCAGAUCACCAGUUUUAAACUCUAUAUAGCAAUAUCAUCUGCCCACUCCGGCAAACAGUGGGGAGUUAUAUAAAUGAUGGUGAGAUGAUAAUGACUACGAUAUGCUAUUUAAUUGUUUGUAGAAUGCAAGGCAAAAGUGGACCUAGGAUUUAUCAUUGAUGGCUCUGGAAGCAUAGAAAAUGCUGGUAAAGGAAACUUCAAAAAGGUUUUAAGCUUUGUCAAAGCCAUAACCCAAGCGUUUGAUGUAUCUAAAGAAGAAACCCACGUAGGAAUCAUAGUUUAUGACGAAAAGGCGGAGGUAAAACUAGUUUAGACUGGUUAAAGACAUAAUAGUCACAAAUACAUCGACAUAAUAUACAACUGUACAUACCAUAAUGACAAAAUAUUUUUUAACGCCUGAAUCAGCAGAUCCCUUGUCAGUCGCCAACGAAAUUUUCAUAAAUUCAUAUUCUCAUAUAAAAGGUGGUUGAGUUUUUGCUAUUCUCGAGUAAACAGGCAGCUCCUUACAUUAGAGCUCUUAAGAUCAUGUGAAUAUUAUGGGAUUUGGUGCAGUUUUGUCAUGUAAACUGUUGGCCAUACUGCACCCUUAGAUUCAUGGUAACACGGUGAAAUGAUUGUAGAAAAGAAUUGCAAAUGAAACCUUUGUUAGCAUUAAGCGGCCACCUCCAUCAAGCGCAGGGCUGCGGCUACCCUUCGCCCUUCCCAGUGAGUGUUCCCAUUAUGAUGAAGGAAAAUGCAGUCCCGAGGUAGAAGGUGACGACUUAUUGCGGAUAGUAAUGCCGCUCCGGUCGUAUGUUUGUUUCGAAAUAAAGUGUUGUUUUUGCUAAGGAUUAUGAUAAAUUCUGACGAACCUCUAUUGAGCUUACCCCGAGGGUGUAGUUAUUGCUGUAGUCAUUGCUUGUCUUUCUAAUGUCCAUGGAUACUAGCGGACAUCUAAAUAAAUAGCGUGGAGAGCGAAAAGGGAAGGGAAGAUACACUUGUUACUGGUUAAUCAGGAUACAUCGUGUUUCUUUAUCACAGCUUGUGUUGAAGUUUGAUGAGCAUGAUAAAAAAGCAGAAGUUCUCUCCGCUAUCGACGGAAUCAAAUAUCCCGGUGGAGGAACAAAAACCGGGGCAGCGCUUAACAAAGCCAAGUCAGAAUUAUUUGAAAAAAGUGCGCGCGCUGGAGUUCCCAAUAUUGCCAUCGUCAUUACAGAUGGCAAGUCAAAGGACAGUAUUGGAGCUCCCGCACAACAGUUGAGAGACUCUGGCUGUACUGUGUUCAGUGUAGGAAUUGGAAAGAAUUACAAUAAGGAACAACUGCGAGAAAUGGCCACUGAUCCAGACUCACAACAUGUAAUGAAGGCUGAUUUUGAUGCACUUGAUACAAUUAUUGAAACCAUCGUGGGAAAUGCUUGUAAAGGUAGGUGCUCUCAAUCUUAAAAGCUUCUUGAGUUACGUUUUGACCUUUCUGAAGGGAGUGGAAUUGUUGCAAAACUAUGGCUUACAAAAGGAAAUACAAAGUCUCCCAAGAAAAGCAACGCAGCUUCUUCUCACGUUGACAUAAAACAAAAAUAUAGUGACGGCUAAUUGGAGACUUGUUACAGGAGAUAAUCCUCCCUCGCUUAUUAGAACAUUGAACUGAAAUGUAUAAGAAUUUCCUGAGAGUUGAAUGAUGAUCAUAGAUCAUAGCUCAAAAGAAAUAAUAAUGACGCAAGUUCCUCGUUAUGGCAGAAAGGCGGCCUUUCGAGGCUAUAAUGGCCUCCAGAGUUAGUCGUCUGACUAGAUACUUCUGGCUCCACUUGUUCAAAAAGUGUUGGUCAAUUUAUCCAUAAGAUAAAGAGCAUUGCCUAAUAGUUAUUCGGUGGAUAGCGCCAUCUAACGUUUGAAACAACUGGCGCCCGUUGCUUGAAUUUAUUUGUGUAAUCCGUUUCAGUUUCUCCCUUUGCCCUCUUACAUGCAAUUAUAAGUAAUUGGUCUGUUUUGAUUUUGUUAUACAGGUGCAGGAGGUACAAUAGAGCAACCACGUAAGUUAAGUUUGUUAGAAUGAAUAAAAUAAACGAAAUUUUCUGAAACGUUUAGGACAGGUUCCUUUCUCUAUCACCACAUAGCUUUAGGUUCUGUUAAAUUGUGUUUAUAGGUUUGGUACUAUAAACGCAAAAAUGCCAUGAUCGUCCACUUCCGGAAGUUUUUAUGUUAAAAGUUCUAUAUAAGAGAUUCAAAAGCAUUUUGGUAUCUUGGAAAGUGAAGACGAAUAUAAGCAACUAGUAAUUCUUUGGUCUUCUUUCUUUAAUUAUGCAAUUAUUUGAUUGUAUGCAAAAUGUAUCGGGGUUUAUAUCCAUUUUUAAAAGUAAAUUAUCUUAGUAGGUUCUUGUAAUUCCUCUUUGUUAUGUGCGUUGUCCUGCCCAGCCAUUGCAAAUUUUGAUGUAUUGCCGACUGAUUUGUUAUUAUUAUUUUUUUACUGUUAUCAUAACCUUGUUGAUAUACAGCUAUUUCAAGAAAGGUUGUCGGAAAAAAGUGCACGCGACAAUCCCGAAAGGUAUUGUGGGUGAUCUUGAGUUCACUGUUUUUCAAAGAAAUUUCAAAGAAUGGCACGAGAAACCAUGGACGUAUUGUUUGCGAGAGCUAAAGGAAAGUAACAAAAGUAGAUUCGACAGCUACAGUGUCAGGAAAAGUGCAUUGAUCAUAUCCCAUAUUACCUUUCGGGAUUGUCGCGUGCACAGUUCUUCCGACAACCUUUCUCGAAAUAGCUGUAUAUCACGAAUUAAGAAGAAACACUCAGGUAUAAAAAUAAGGUCAGAAGAUUAAAAAACACAGUUAGGUCCAGGCCAAACGUCUAUUUUUUCAUGAGAAGAACCGUGAGUUCAGUUCAUGAUAUCUUCCUUCGUCCCUUGCAAGGGAAUCCGGAAAAUUUUUGCUUAAAGAAUCCAGAAUCCUGGGUUUUGGAAUCAGCAAUACAGCUCAAGGAAUCCGGAAUCCCACUAACGAUUGGAAUCCAGAAUCCUGCUGGCAAACACUGGAAUAGAGUACCUGGAAUCUGGAAUACAGCUCAAGGAAUCUGGAAUCCCACUAAAGAUUGGAAUCCAGAAUCCUACCGACAAACAUUGGAAUAGAGAACCUGGAAUCCGACAUCCACAGCGUGGAAUCCAGAAUCCAAGACUGUCCUUGAUUCCCUCACAUUAGUCGACAUGAAAAGUUUGACGUUGGGUUCAGUUAACGUCUGAAUGAGUUCUAUCCGUUUGCUUCGGACAGAAAGAACGUCUGAGAGUCUGCUUCGUCUCAUGAAAAGUUCGACGUUUGGCCUUGAACUUGAAAUUUUAACAGUUUCGAGGAGUACUAGUUCGUGUAAAUGAAAUCAUUCUAUUAGUAUGGGAUAAUUAACAAUUAUUCCUCGAAGGCCUCAUGGGCUAUUGAUUCAGAGGCCAUAAGGGCGAGAGGAAUAAUUGUUUUAGUAAAAUCCAACUAGUAGGUCAAAGAUAUCGAGACAAAACAACUUUAGCUUAGCAAAACGGGAUUCAGCCGCCACGGUUUUGGUUUUCAAAGCCGGCGCUUUUCGCUACUAGUGGGCUAUAACAUAUAGCCUAGUAGUAGCUCAACCAAUCAGAACGUAGCAUUGAUAAUACACCACAAGUCGGAUUUUACUAAAAGACAAUACUUCAACCAAAGGUUAUACCUAUGUCACAUCCUUGAGGUUUAACGUUCUCUAAAAGCCUGCCCUUUAGCUCUUUUUGAAAGACCGCCUUUUAACGUUUAAGUUGAAAAAAAAAAAUCCUUCUUACUAUGUAGCACCAUCAAUUACUUCCCCGCCUACACCACCAUCAACCAGCUUCCAAAAGACAAGUAAGUGGUUAUAAAUAUGAUAAACUACUAGCAACUUAAAGAUUGUCUUCCCUUAUGUUUCCAAGUUCGAUAUAUAUACAGUACAACACCGGUAAACGAUAAUCAGUUCAAGUUAUCGGGGGUUCGAGUUAUCGCCACAUUAAUAAGUGAGGGUUUACUGAUUUUUCAGCAUUUCACUAUACGGUACAGUCCAAAUAAAACUUACUUUAUCAAAAACUGCAAUAUAUAUUGGGAAAUGCUUGUCAUAUAUGUGAUCUGUUCAAAUUGCUGUCAGUUUUAGGGUUCUUACCGAUAACACUUUAAGGCUGAGAAAUAAUGGGAUGGCAUGAGUGGUGAGUUACGAGGGUAAAUUUUGAUCAAAAGAUACGAAAUUUAGUUCUGGUUAGGGGGGAAUCUGAGUUAUCCCAGUACGAGUUAACCGAGUGAAAUGACUGAAAAGUGGGGCGAAAUCCCAGGGAAAUAGGACUUUAAGUUCGAGUUUCCCGGUUCGGGUUAGCGGGGUUCUAUACUGUACAUAAGAAAAAUGAAAUAAAAAUAUGGUAUUAAGUAAUGGUAGCACACGUACAAUGUCCGUUUUUCCCUAACAUAUUUCUCUAAACUAAAUAUUCUUAAUUUUUACAAUGUACGGGGGAAACACAGCAGAACAGUUUACCUUAACACGGAAGUCGUAUAGACAGUAACUACACUCAAGAGAGCUCAUUGUACUUUUUAAAGUUUUUUAAGAUAGUCAAAAAUUGAAAAUAGAACGACCUUGGUAGCUAGAAUUUUCCAGUGAUAUUGUUCUUAGUAGCUGCAGCGUGGUCAUUAAAAUGUGAUUUUCACGGUCCUUUUUUUGCUUUGCGCCUUUUUUAAAAAAUUGUCUUGAUUUUUUCCUACUUUCAGGAGCAAAGGCGUUGGGUGUGUGGGCAAUAAUUAUUUUUACAUUUGAAUCGAUCCAUUGCAGCGUAGCAACUGUCCUGAAGCUUUUGAAUAUUGUUGUUUUCUUACACAUGAAUUGUGAGGGGACAGAAACGUUAUGAUUCAAUUUAGGCACUGAAACAAAAGUACGAUAAAUAAAGGGGAAAUAAGAAUGAAUCGUGAAAGAGGAAAAGCGCAGGCACUUGACUGCAACGAAGGUAUCAGCUGAUGACGCUUGCGCUUUAGCCCCUUUAAAAGAAUGUUUAACAUUAUUGACCUCUAAAAACCACUUUCUGGCAGGAUGCAAAGGUAAAGUGGACAUUGCUGUUCUGCUUGAUGGCUCUCAGAGAAUCGACUACCAGCAGGCCGGAAACUUUAAAAAAUGCCAACAAUUCUUGAAAAGUUUCUUCAGCUCUUUCAACAUUGCAAAAGAUGGCACACGAGUAGGACUUGUGUUGUUUUCCAAAACUUCUGAAGUCAGAUUCGAUUUCGAGAAGUAUACUGAUAAGAAGUCUAUAACAGAGGCUAUUGACAAAAUACCGUAUCCCAGAAAAGGUACUAACUGUGGAGCUGGUCUUGAUAUGGUGCGCACUAAUCUGUUUGAGGCGAGCGCUAGACAAGGAGUGAGGGACGUACUCCUUGUUAUCACCGGUGGAUCCUCUCAGGUAAGAAGUGUUCUAGGGUCUGUGGUGGUGGAUAAGUCGUGGGAAAGAGGGUAGGAUACUCAACAAACCUUUCUACAGGAAGCUCCGCUUACGCUUUUAUAUAACUCUUUUGACCAAAAAGGUACCUCUUUCCAUUAACCUACAAAAGCGUGAUGAAAGACAUUGACUACCUUUUUCCUUGUGUAAUCUUUAAACCUUUUAAAAUACUUUUUACCUGUAUAAGACAUUUAAAGCAUCUCUUCAAGAUUGCUUGAAUAAAUCCCCAAAUGGCAAUUAUCCGUAGAGGUAUCUACAACACAACUCAAGAAAUUCCUACCCUCUUACAUAAUCUAACCCUUACAAAAGGUGCAACAUUUAAGAGAAUCAUCAUAAUCAUCCAAAUCAUCGUCAUCAUCAUUAUCAUCUUCAUCAUCAUCAUCAGUCAUCAUUAUGAGCCUUUGGAUACUGUCGUCUCUCAUUGGUCACCGAACCAAUCGCCCUUCUCGAGCAGUGAGAGACGCCAAGCUUUAACCGCUGGCUAAUACAUCAUGAUCAUGAUCACCAGUAGCAGCAGCAUCAAUAACAGCACCAUCAUCUUCAUAAUUUGUUGCUAAAAUCGUCAUUAUCAUAACAUCUAUCGUGAUAAUCAGCUGCUUAAAAAAGAAGUCACAAUUUGUUUCUUUUGUGGAGCAAAGGAUGACAUACAAGCACCUUCAAAGGAGCUGCGAGACAUGGGAGUGACAAUUUUCUGCUUAGGACUUGGAAAAGAAUACCAAAGAGACCAACUAGGACAGAUGGCAACGGAUCCAGAUUCCAAAUUUGUUCUAACAGGAGACUAUAGCGAGAUCUUCGGCUGGUUACCCAAAUUAAAGAAGAUAUGUUGCGAAGGUGAGAGUGAUUAAGCUGAAGAGCAACACAAAGGCACCGACGAAAAAAUUUACUUUACCGUUUGAAACCGAUUGUCCCUUUAAGUUUACCGGCGCUAAGUAUAUUUAGAUGUUACCAAAAAAGUAAUACAUUCCAGAGGUACUACCCAAUAAAAAAUGACCAGUUGUUUGGAUUGGUACCACGUAGGGUGAUUUAAUCUCAAAUUACCUUUAACAUAGCUACUGCCUUAACUUUUUGUGGAUUCCGAGGGGGUCAGGCCAGAGAACUUUUCUGAACUACCGCCCCAUUAUUUGUUGUUCAACGGAUUUUUUGAUACUUGCUAGGGGUUUAAGCGAAUCUGUGCCACACCUAUGAAGCGAGUUUCUAGUACCUUUAAUUUAAGUUUUUUUAGUAUGUUUUUUAGCUUUUCAACUAGCAACACCGCCAUUUUUAUACUAUAUAUAUAAAAAAAAAGGAUUAGGGAGAGGGAAUCUUUGCUAACAGAACAGUUUCCUAACUUCUCAACCUUUCUUUUACAGCGGCUGGGGGAACAUUAACAAAAAUUGCAUCUAAAGGUAUUUAGUUAUAGAUAAAUGCAACAAUUCUAUUUUGAAAGAUUUUGUGAUCUUGAAGUUUGCUAACUGGACUCCUUUUUCAUUUGGCUGAGGUACACCAGCGGAUACAUUAAAAGAGACUUAGACACUCUAGUGCCCUUCCAUUUCUUGCAAUCCAUGCAGCUAGCAGUUACGACAGUUGCGUUGCUAAAUUCUAGAAAAGUUAGUUACUGAGCUUUUCUUAGGUAUUGUUGCCCUCUUUAAUAUGGACGUUACUUACUUACUUAUUUCCUUACUUAUUUAUACUUGCCUACAUACUGCCUUAAAUGCUUAUUUACUUACUAACUUUUUUUACAUACUUGGGAUACCUAUUAUUGCUUAUUAUUACUUAUUUAUAAUUACUUCCCUACCAACCAGCUAAGUACUUACUUACUUACAGAACCACCUUUGUGGAGUAAUUCUCAUGUCGUGGCAGCUGUUUGUACGAAAUAAUUACUUACUAUAUGUAUCUGUUCGCAGAAUGCAAGGCAAAAGUUGACUUAGGGUUUAUUAUUGAUGGCUCGGGAAGCAUAGAAGCUGCUGGUAAAGGGAACUUUAAAAAGGAGUUAAACUUUGUCAAAGGCAUCACACAAGCCUUUGACAUAUCUAAAGAACAAACCCAUGUAGGAAUCAUUGUCUAUAACCAGGAACCGAAGGUAAACUCACUUGCGAGAUAAAUCUGAUUUACUCCACUACUUAAAACUAUAUCUUUUUAAAAUUCAUCUUGUUAAACACACUACAGUCAAACCUCUUUAAUAUGGACACCAAAGGGACAGAACCAAGUGUCCGCUUUACAGAGGUGUCCGUAUUAUAGAGAUAUGGAAUGUAUGAUUUUUGAUAUUUCUGGGACCAAACGAACUGUCCGUUAUAGAGAGGCGUCUGUAAGGAGAGGUUAGACUGCAUAUUAUUUCUGUAUCGCAGCACCUAUUUGCGUUUAUCAUGGACAACAAUUUUUUGUAGUAAUGUAAUUUCAGAUAUAUAUGUACUUAAUUUACGGUAACUCGAACUCUGAAGUGAAACAAAAAAACAGUUCGAGUUAUCGGGGAAUUCGAGUUAUCCGAGUUCGAGUUAUCGAAUGUUCCAUUACAUAUAAAUAUUUUGUUUCUUAACAGAUGUAAGGCUGUGUUGUACUGGAAAUGCUGUUAAUAAACUUUACUAUCAUCAUCAUCAUCAUCAUUAUUACUAUUAUUAUUCUUCUUCUUAUUAUUAUUAUCAUCAUUAUUAUUAUAUUCGCCUUGGUUUUACAAGGUCGAUUAAACAGUAAACGUAUAUAUGGUGGGUUGUGAAAAGUGAGUAUUUUUGAUUUGUUGCACUAACUUUCCUUGUUGCGAUUCGUGAUCGCUGGCAUCCACACCUUAGAAAUAAAAAAUCUGUUAUCACGGUCUGUGGGAUCGAUGGACGUCUGAUGAGAAUGACCUCUUUUACUCCGAGUGUACACCCGAGUGAAUCUCUACUCUACACGGCUUAAGUUAACUCUAUGGCGCGAAAAUCUGCGAAAGGAGUUAACUGAAGGUGCACUUGUGUCUCAGCAAAGGUAAAGUAGAUGUUUAUGCUAUGGACUAGUAACCAUGGUAACAAAACGAUGCUUCUCUUCUGUAGGUGAUAUCAGGACUUGAUGAACAUUAUACAAAAUCAGAAAUUCUGUCCACCAUCGAGGGAAUCAGUUAUCCUGGCGGUAAUACAAAGAUUGGAGCAGCACUUACCAAAUCUAAAUUAGAACUCUUUGAGAAAAGUGCUCGUGCUGGAGUUUCCAACAUUGCCAUCGUCAUUACAGAUGGCAUAUCACAGGAUAACGUUGGGGCCCCAGCGCAACAGCUGAGGAACUCUGGUUGUACUGUGUUUAGUGUGGGAAUCGGCAAUAAAUACGAUAAGAAACAACUUCAGGAUAUAGCGACGGAUCCAGACUCGCAACAUGUAUUGGAUGCCGAUUUUGAUGCACUUGAUUCAAUUAUCGACAAGAUCGUGGAAAUUGCUUGUAAAGGUGAGUGCUCACAAUUUAGCGUCUUAGCCAUUUUAGGAAGUAAACUUUUGUUUAGCGAAUGCAAUCCUCCCAUUUUUUUAAAAAACCGAGAAUAUCUGGCAAUAACAUGGCUUCACCCUGCAUGCAAGAUCUCCAAUUCGCCGGGAAUGGCGGGAGGCGAGGGGUCAGGCUGCACACGAGUUGCUUGCCUCGGAGAAUCUUAGCAUCUCCGCACUAAUUUAUCGCGGAUCAAUCGCAGAUUUCCUUCGACCCUUUAUCUUUAUGCGAGUUCCAAAUGGAGAGCUUGCAUUCAGGCUACAUAAGCAUAAGGUAAUUUUUUCAUGGGAGGAUUUCUCCUCUUUCUAUAUUUGUUGUUUGUACUGCUAUAUGUUUUCUCAAGCGCAAGAUGCCUUCUGAUUUUUCUUACACAGAUAUAGGAGGGAAAAUACAGCAACUGGGUAAGUUAGUUUUUAAAGUAAUAUAUCAAACAUGAGAUGCAGUGUUUCAUCACCAGAUGAAACACCGAGAAGAGAGUUGAAAAUACGACGUGCAGCGGAGUAUUUUUGACGAACUUCGAGGUGUUUCAUUUGGUGAUGAAACACUGUGUCGAAUGUUUGAUAUUUCUUCUCAAACAAAGUCAUUUUUGAAGGAGAAAUUAAGGAUGCAAAAAUGAGCAGUUUUUCAUCAGAUAUCCAAACACUCAUUAAACAUUAAUUUCCUUUGAAUUUUCUUUAUGAAUUAUUAAUGAGUUUUUAAAGAGUAAAUAAAAAAUCCAAGAAAGCGCACUCCAUCCAUCUUCGUCCAUGUUGGUUUAUAGAAAAUUAUUUUAGAAUACUUUGGCAUACACUGUAAUUCCAAGCUAAUUUAAUAAAACAGUGACAUUUUUGAAGCAAAAUCAGAAUCAAAUUCUGCGUUAUUAAAUUGCAUAGAAAUGAUGAGGCUACUGAUUCGGUACUUAUCAGUACACUGGUCAUAACGUGACAGUAAAAUUUCAGGCAAACCCUGAAACCUAAUGCCAGACAGCUGUUUGCAGCUUUGCAGUGACUUUUUUCUUCUUAUUUAGUUUGCUUUGCAAACGGCAUAAAUAGGACUUAUGACUGAGUCCGGAUUGAAAUGUUCACGCAGACGGGUUGGGCAUGUGAGGAACUGGCCUCAGGGAGUCUCAACCGCGUCUAUUGAAGUUUACAAACUAAUUAACUUUACACAUUAUUGUGAGUUGAGCCGAUGAAAAUCGUAGCUGUGAUUGCAAUAUCUUUGCAUUCGGACAGAGUUCUUUUCUUAUCGUUUAGGUGGAGGAGGCGGUAGAAGUAGCUCAAAGUAUAUAUCUAUCAAAGGCGGAAAAAGUGGUGGCAGCUCAACUUCCGGAGGAAGUAGUUCCAAACUUAUUAGCAUUAAUGGUGAAAGUAGUGGUAGCAGUUCUGGAGGAAGUAGUUCCGGAAUUAUUACAAUGAAGGAAGGUGGCAGUAGUUCAAGCUCGUCGAUUCGGAUAUCGUCUGGAAAAAAGUUGAUAACUAUUGGGAAGAAAAUCACUUCGGGUAGUACAUCGAAAGGUUCUACAAAGCAAGGAGACCCCUUGUCUAUCACAGUGGACCAGGAUACAGACAAGCUUGCCCAAGAAAAUCUGUGGUCGGGUAGUCUUCUAGGUGUGUCUUUCAAUGGCAAUAAUAUGAUGAUAAAUAACAAUAGUAGGUUUUUCUAAGACUAUAAUCCACUCCCUCCAGGGAGGACAAUAACAAAAAGAAGGACGAUGAAUAUUAUGUGGUUUAUGCAUGAUAACGACGGCUAAGAGACCAGAAAACGUCGCAUUUCACGUGUCCAAUGUAAUACAAAUGGGCUAGAACAAUCGAUUUUUCUCAUUAUUAUUAAUUUUGGCACAUGCCAAAUGCGACGUAGUUUGAAUUGGGCCUAAGAUGAUGGUGAUGGUGAUGGUGACAUUGAGAAUGAUGUUGAAAAUUAUUACCAUAAUUACUCACAAAGAUGACGUGGAUGAUGCUGAUAAUGAUAGUGAAAAUGAUACUUUUAAUGAUUACUAUAAUAGUUAUCGUAAUAAUGAAGAUGAUGAUGGGGAUAAUGAUGACACUGAAGAUAGUGUUGUUAUUGACAUGUGAUGAUAAUAAUUAUUACGAUACUAAAUGUUACACACGUAUCGUGAAUGAAAGCCAGCAAAAUUCCUGAUAAAUGAUUGUAUAAAAGAGCUGAUAAGUUGGAAUUACUUUUUGAAAAGACAACCCAUCAAACAAGCAAGUUUGAUAAUCUCUUUCAUUCUAUGAUUAACAGGUUCUGGAGUCUGCAGGGAGAAGGUAGACUUGGCAUUUCUCAUUGAUGCUUCGGGAAACAAGGACUCUAAUGGACAGCAAAACUUCAAAACAAGUCUAGAAUUUGCCAAAGCCAUUGCAAGUAUGUUUGUGAUAAACCAAGUGGAAUCCCAUAUCGGAUUCGUCGUAGUCUCCACUAACUCUCAAGUCGUCCUCAAUUUCAAGACAUAUUUUGACCAAAAGAGUGUGGAGAAUGCCAUAGAUGAUAUACAGUAUAUGGGAGGUGUCACUGACAUUGGUACCGGGCUGGAACUUGUUAAGACCGAACUAUUUGAUGCCUCCCCUAGACAAGAAGUACCUCGUAUUUUAAUUGUCGUAACAUCAGGAAAAUCAAGUAAGGACGUCUUAGCUCCUUCAAAGGCUCUUAAAGAUGCUGGUGUCACCGUGUUUUGUGUUGGAGUUGGAAAUAAUUUCAACCAAACUGAACUCGACGAAAUGGCUACAGACAACAUUACUAGUCACGUGUUUUCAGCAGACGUCACCCAGAUGGGACUCGUUGUAAAGGCAAUUAAAGGCAAAGUCUGUCAAGGUAUCGAUUUGAAUUGAUAUUUCUAUAUUGCAAGUUGAAUCUGCAUAGGAGUGGAAAUCAAGGUUUUCAAGACAGGGCCUAUGCAUAGGUCUUUCGUCUGGUUCUUUGAAGAACUAGGUAUCGUAGGUGACCUCCAAAAAGCCUAGCCUGCGUAGCUGGCGGGAGUCUUGUGCCCAGGGUGCCACCAGCUAGCAGGCUACUGAAAGCAUUUCGUCCUCUUCAUGCUUGAUUUCACAAGCAAAAAAUUUUUUUAUAAUGCACAUAAAUAAGUGCAUAUAGAGUAUAUUAGAUGACUCUAAGUAAUUGAGGCUUUUGAGUGCAAUAUUGUGCAAUCUAAUGUAAGGACAUAUAAUUGAUUAGUCGGUUAGAAAAUCUCAUUUAAAAUUUUAUUGUGCUUUUUUCUAUAAGCCAACAUUCGACCAGUGGCCAUGUUUCCAUUGAACGCCCGCUACAAGGCGAGGGACGUCAUUGGAGGAAAUCCCCCCGGGAUAACGAACCUAGUGAUAACAGCGACGGGUCCGGAUGGCCACGAAGGUGGUGCGGUUUCUUUCCUUGGGAUACCGGAGAGCUACAUCGAGUUUCCAAAUGACGGAAAACUUGAUACAAAGGACUCCUUAACGAUUCUCGCGUGGAUUUUCCCCGAGAAGGAAGGACCAAUCUUCAACUUUAAGACAGAUGGAUGGGGAGCGAAUCUGUGGCUAGCACAAUCAAGAAAGUUAUUCGCUCAUUUCGUGGAACGAGGCCAGCACAAAAUCAGCAAAGUGGCACCGUUGCAAAGUACUAAAGUUAUUCCAAAUCAGUGGAAUUUUGUCGGUGCCACUUACGACCACACUACUGGAGCAGCUGGUUUGUGGAUAAACGGAAAGUUUGAGGAUUCCAAAAACUUGGGUCAUAUUGAACUCGCAACCAAUUAUAGCAUUAGAAUGGGAGCUCGGGAUGGGGACAAAAGAAAUUAUCAAGGUCGUAUCUCAUGUUUGCAAGUUUACGAUGUAUCGUUGACGGCUGACCAGAUUAAUAAUGCGAGAGAUAAUUGUGAACCUUAUGAGGAAAAGUGAAGUUAAUUUAAUGAGAUUAAGGAUGGAGCAACAUUCAGCAUAGCAUUUAAAAUGAAUGCCUCCUUUUGCGGAAGAAAACGCCAUGUUCACUGCAGCGCGAAGUGGGCGGAAAUUAAGCACAGGAAGAUCACCCUCAUUUCAAGUUCGUGUGGUCGUUGUUAUAAUUGAAAACUGAUCAGCAUCAAUUUAAAGUGCAUGUAAAGAAGAAAAACAGAUGCACAUUAUGGCGGUUCAAAUUUACCCUGGGUGACAGAGACUUUUCUAGCGUGGUUUCCGGUUUCUGUCAAGUCUUCGGCCAACACCUAAAUUUCCCGCCGCACGCGAGAGAAACCUCUGGUACCCAGGGUAGUUCAAAUUUUCUCCAAAAUACUAGCCUGCCAUGCAGGCUACCAAAAUACAGUAAAUGCUAUAAUAAAAGCUCAAACGGAAAAAAAAAACACGUGUUUCAGUUAAUAUGUCGAACUUAUCUUCCUCUGCUUGUUUCCUUCUACGCAGUAAGCUUCGUCCUGGCUAAGUGAAAAUUUAAAAUCUUUCGGUAGUGGUUGCAAGUCCCUCUAUCUUACCCACCCCUCCGGCGCCCCGGGGGGCCGGGCGCUUCGCUCUCCACUCGAAUGGCAAAGCCUGCUAGCAGGCUAUUCAUCGCAGUCAAGCUGAAAAGCGUGAUCAUCAAUUAUGUAGGAAUGGUAAUUUUGAACUCAAGAAAACAUAAUGUUACUGUUACUAUAAUAAAACAAUAAAAUAUAUAAGAGUGAAAUUUUUCUCA